UUCUCCAACGCACUCGAGUCUUGCAAGAAGAAGUCGGUCGAUAUAGGCACCCGACGGCGUGCUUCAGACGACGCUCGACGGCAGACAUUCGAAUACAAAACGCAACAGCGAGCGCGAUGUUGGCACAUUUUCUAGCUUGCGCAACCCUGUUUACGGGAACUGUUUUCUCCCACGUGGACGCUUCUGUUGCAAGGCCAAACUUCAUUAUAAUGCUCAUGGAUGACAUGGGUUGGGGAGACCUCGGCAUCCUGGGCAACCCGGCCAAGGAGACCCCCAACCUGGACAGGAUGGCCGCCGAAGGGGUGCUGCUCACUGACUUCUACACGGCCAAUCCACUGUGCUCGCCAUCCAGGGCGGCGUUGCUGACGGGCAGGCUACCCAUCAGGAACGGCUUCUACACCUCAAACAACCACUCCAGAAACGGCUACACGCCCCAGGAGAUCGUGGGUGGCAUCCAGGACAGCGAAGUGCUCAUCCCCGAGCUCCUGGCCCAGGCCGGCUACCGCAACAAGAUCGUCGGCAAAUGGCACCUUGGUCACCAUGAGCAGUACCUGCCCCUAAGACACGGCUUCCACGAGUGGUUUGGUUCCCCAAACUGCCACUUCGGCCCGUACGACAACGUCCAGCGACCGAACAUCGCCUUUUUUCGCGAUGACCACAUGAUAGGCAGGUACUUUGAGGACUUCUCCAUAAACUUGACCGCACACACUUCCAACUUGACCCACUUGUACACCAAGGAGGCUGUGGACUUCAUUGAGAAGCAGACUGCACAGCGCCAGCCCUUCUUCCUGUAUUGGGCACCCGACGCUUCGCACGGGCCCGUAUACUCGUCCGAGGUGUUCAGAGGGCGCAGUCAGAGGGGACCCUACGGGGACGCCGUGAUGGAGCUGGAUUAUGCCGUGGGCGUCAUACUAGAAACCCUUCGGCGCACAGGGGCGGAAAACAACACUUUUGUCUUCUUCACCUCUGACAACGGAGCGGCGUUGGUCAGCAAAACGGAAGGCGGCAGCAACGGUCCUUUUCUGUGCGGCAAGCAGACCACUUUCGAAGGGGGCCUACGGGAGCCCGCCAUCGCCUGGUGGCCCGGCACCAUCCCAGCGGGAAAGCAAGUGAGCGGAGUAGCGGCCACCGUGCUUGACCUCCUGCCGACGCUGUGCGACCUUGCCGGAGUGGCACUGCCCCCACAUGUAGUCCUAGACGGCGCCAGCAUGACACAUCUGCUGCUCGCGGAAUCGUCGUUGUCUGGCAGACGCCUUCAGCGCAACAGGCCAGUGUUUUACUACCGUGGCAACGAGCUCAUGGCGGUGCGACAUGGUCUUUACAAGGCGCACUUCUGGACCUGGACAAAUUCCUUGGAGGAGUUCCAGCAGGGCGACGACUUCUGUCCAGGUGUGGCGGUCAACAACGUGACGUCUCACGAGCAAAUCAACCACACUGCUUCGCCAGUUCUCUUCCACCUCGGACGCGAUCCCGGAGAGAAGUAUCCAGUUUGGCCGAAAAGUGCUGAAUAUCGCGAAAGCAUGGCGUCCAUCCUCGGCAUUUACCGCGAGCACAGAGCAUCAUUAAUUCCUGGCAAACCGCAGCUAGACUGGUGCGACGCUGCCGUAAUGCACUGGGCACCUCCUGGGUGUGAAAAGUUAGGACGCUGUCUGAGGAAGCCGCCAUCACGGCCGUACCUGUGCGAUUGGCCACACUAAGGCCACGCCGAAGUCCCCAAAGUCAAAAACUUAGAGAAGAACCUCCCCGUUUCCGACGGACGUCAUCGAACCUAUCUUUCUAUUUCGAGUGUC